CCGUUGCUUUGCUUCUUCGUCUUUGUCUUUGUCUUCAUCUUCUCUGGUCUUUUUCUUGGCAUUUCAUUUCCAUUUUCACAACCUGAACCCCCGACGUCGAUUCAAGUCGAUUGUCGAUUCAACUUCAGCUUCAGCUUCAGUUUCAGCUUCAAUUCAACACAACACAACGCAACGCAACUGAAAGAGGCCGCGCAGUCGCAGUCGCCGCUUCAGUCGCUCGGGGAUUACACCUUGCGCUGCGUUUGCGUUUACGUUUGCGCUUGCGCACUCCACCAAAUUAAACGGCCGCUGUUAUUGUUAUUAUUCUCCGCUCUGCGUUUUGGCGUUUUCGGGCGGCUUAAAAAGUGAAACCACCCGCGUAGGUGACCACGCCAGGUGACCCACAGAAUACUCCCACGAGGAGGUGAGAACCGACGAGAUGCGUCAGCGGUGCGGCAGCGUUUACACCUGGAAUUGUGCCGGCGAGCUCUAUGCCAUCGAGUGUUCCCUGUGCGAGGAGCGGCCCUUGUGCGCCCUCUCCGAGUUUCCGGAGCACAUGGACGUGUGGCACUCCGAUUGGCAGGCACCCGAAGCGCAAGCCGAUGAAGCCGAUGAGGCGGAUGAAGCCACCUCAUCCGGAGCCAUUCCCGAGGAUGAUCUCAUGCAGGAGGUGCUGGCGGAGCAGCGAACCAAUGGCGAGGACAAUGAACUCAAGCAGCAACUGGUGCUGCAAUUGAACGCCAUCGAGGAGGAGGUGCUGCCAGGUGAACCUGGCGAGCACUUGGCAGAAGUGGAUAUGGUUGCGGAUGCGGAUGCGGAAGUGGGCAAGGCUGGCGAAGAACUGUUGAAAACGUCGGGAAAAACAGGAGAUUUGGGAAGUGAAGAUGCUACAGAACCCCUACAAGUUCCAGAUUCCACAGUGGAGGAGGCAUCGCCCGUGCCGGCUGGCCAACGACUGACCAGGCAGCAUGUGGACCGCCUGAUCGAGCUGUACCGCUCGGAGCCGCGCCUCUGGAACCAGACGCACGCGCAGUUCCACGACAUGCUGCUGUGCCGCGACUCCUGGCGCCGCAUCACGGACGCGUGGGGCGCCUACUGUGGCCGCACCUUCAGCGUGACGGACGUACGGAUCCGGAUGUCGACGCUGUGCCAGCGGUAUCUCAAGCAGCGGGAGCGUGUGGAGGCCGACGGCGAGCUGGCGGACGAGGUAACCCGAUUCGCCCACUUCGACCAGUUGAGCUUCCUGUGCGAACAGCAAUCGCUGCUGAAGCGGCAGCGUCACUACGCCCGCGAGAACGCCCGCCUGCUGGAGCUGUACGAACACUAUCCGGUGCUGUGGCACAAUGCCCACAAGCGGGUGAGAUGUGCGGCGACGGUGCGCCGGCGACAGGAGGCCAUCAUGGGCCUCCAGUUGGCGCUGCGUCUGUCGGGGAUCAGCCUGUCGCCGGUGGUCAUCCAACGGCGGCUGCAAUCGCUGCGUAAACGCUAUCGCCUGGAGAAGAUCGCCUAUCUGCAGAGUGUGGUGGAGGGCAGACAGGCGGACUUUGUGUCCGGAUUCGAGCACUAUGCGGAAAUGGAGUUCCUGCACAAGCACAUCGAUCCGUAUGUGUGUGCCGUGUGCGGCAAGAUCUUCGAGAAUCUGCUGGGUCACCAGAUGCACGUCCAGGUGGGCUGUGAUGAGGUGCGCCAGACGGAUCACCAACUGCUGGGCGAGCAGCUCAGGGCGGUGUUGAGCGAGGAGAAGGAGCUGGUGGAGAAGGAAACCCAACAGGCCGUCGAAUUGCUAAGGGAAAAGUUGGCUCAACCCAAUCCCAAUCCCCCAGAGAAUGAAGAUGGGCAGAUCACGCUGGCCGAGGCCUGUGCCGCUGCCCAACUGGAGGAUGCCAGCGCAAUGGUCGCCAUUGAGGAGGAGGAUCGACCAGGAGGCGGGCAACGCCAUCGCUUGGGUCACCAGGAAACGUUGGAGCUGAUCCGGCUGUACCGCUCGCAUGUCUGCCUGUGGGAUCCCAAUCACCUGGACUACCAUGAUCGCGGCCAGCGUCGACUGGCCUGGCAGGCCAUCACAGAGGAGCUAAACUCCGCAUCCGGUGGCUCACAUCGUCUCACCUGGCAGAUGCUGCACCGCAAGAUCACCGACUAUAGUAAGUACUAUCGCAGGGAGAAGCAACGCCAGAGCGAGGAGGCGGAUGCCACGCCCCAGUGGAACCUGUUCGCUGAGUUCCGCUUCCUGGACGACGUGCUGGCGAUCAGCGGCAGCGAGCUGCAGAAGACGCUCAACCAGCGGGACAGCAACCUGAAGAUCAUAGCGGUGUACCAGGGCUAUGCCCAGCUGUGGUGCACCGACCAUCCGGACUACACGAAGCGGCGGCAGCGUCAGCGCCAGCUGGAAUCGCUGUGCACCCGGCUGCAGGAGGAGUGCAAUCUGCAGCUGACGGUGGAGCGACUGAAGAGUCGCCUCAUCGAGUUCCGUUGCCAGUAUCGCCACUGCAAGGAGGCUCGCAUGGCGGCCAUCAAGAAAUCGGAACCCUGGACGCCCAAGUACGAGUACUACGAGGCGUUGCGCUUCCUCGAGCUCCAUGUGGCUCCCUUCCAGUGUGCCCGGUGUCCGGCCUCCUUCAAGCGGCGCACCGACUACCUGCAGCACGAGCGCAAUGUGCACGCGGAGGUGGAGAAGUCCCUGGAUGGGCAGUAUUUCCUGGUGCGGCGCCGCCAGAGCAGCCGCAAGACCAGGGAGGCGGGAGCGGAGGAGCAGAACGAUGAGCUGGCCAAUAUAUGCCACAUCUGUGGACUAAAGUUCACCCUGCGGAACAGUUUGUUGGCCCAUUUGCGUCGCCAUCUGGGCCAACGGACCCAUGCCUGCUGCGAGUGUCCCAAGAAGUUCUUCAGCUCGACGGCUUUGCGUGUCCACGAGCGCAGCCACACCAAGGAGCUGCCGUACGUGUGCGAACACUGCGGCCGGGGAUUCGUGAAUGCCAGCAAACUGAACCAGCAUGUCAAGCGGCACCGCAAUCAGCGCGACCAUCCGUGCACCCGCUGCGACAAGGCCUUCUUCACGGCCCACGAGCGGGACCGGCACAUGCGCGCCCAUCUCAACAUCCGCGACAAGGUGUGCCCCUACUGCUCGCGCGCCUUCGUCGUGGGCAGUGCCUACUACGCCCACCUCAAUCUCCAUCGCAGCGAGAAGCGCUACGCGUGCCCCUCCUGCGGCAAGCGGUUCGCCCAGUACGCCGGACUCUACAAGCACCGCCGCCGUUGUCUGCCCGUUGAAGUUAUGGAGGAGUGAGCGUUGAGCCUGAGUCUUGAACCCUACACCUCCUAUCCCUUUACCCAUGUGGAAAAAGAAAUCUACAUGCAAAAUAUAUGUAGAGGAGUAAGCAUUGUAACCUUCACCUCCUAAACCUUUAUCCACAUGGGAAAAGCUAACCUACAAUCACUGCAAGCAAUGUCUGUCGGCAGAAGCAAUUGUGGAGUGAGCUUUGAACCCGGCACCUCCUAUACCUUUACCAGUAUACAAAAAUAAAAAACCCAUAUGAACAAGUUAUAGAGUAGUGGUCCGGCAGGAGAUAUGAAAGAGUGACCCCUGGGACCCAUAUAAAAAAGGAAUCCUACGGCCACCGAAGGCGAUGCUUGCCAGCUGAAGUUAUCGAGAAGUGGUAUGUGAGCCUGCUACAUCCUAUUUGGAUGACCCUAUUGCAUAUAUAAAAAAAAAAGACGAGUGAAGAGGAUGACCCGUUUGCCUUAGUUAAUAUACAAUUUUGUUUUCUUAAAAGUUUUCCACAAUUUAGCCAGGCAAAUUCCUUUACAGGGGGAGUACGGUUUUAUGACCAUUUGUAUACGUUUGUUGCAUUAUAACUGUAGUCGAAAAAGAAUUUUUUUUUGUUUAAACUUAAAAAAAAUUACUACGGUCAUUGCCGGACUUUUUAAAUAUUUCUAUAUGAAAAGUUAACAAAAUAUUUAACUCAAUCAAAUGCUUUACUAUAAUGAUCAUUGAUUUUUAGGAAUAGAUUUUAACUGUUAAAAAAAAACAAAAAUUGGUCUUUACGACUUAACCAUACUCCUCUUUUAAACUGCAGCAAAAAAUGUUUUAGCUAGACAAAUUUUACAUUUAAUCAGUAAAAAAUCAAUUGAAAAGAUAUAAACAAAUGAAACGGGAUAUUCGUAGGUUGUAUAAAAAUCUAUAUUCUCGUUAGAUGUUCUAAAUACUCAUAGAAAUUUUUAAAUAUGUUGCAAUAAUAUAGGUAUAAAAUUCAUGAUGACUGCAAUAUUUAACACAUCCGUCCUAAUGUUUUAAAAUUAUUCAUAAGGUAUUGAUUAAUGUUGUGUAUUUUAUUUUAUUUCGUUUUUGAUUGUUUUAUUUUAUUAAGUUUUAGUUAAAUAUAUUUUAUUGUAAUUUUUAAUUUUAUUCCCUUGCAGAUCGUUUAUCUACCAUAUAAACGAUGCAAAAACAUACUAUACGACUUUCAUAGAGAAUUCAUGAUUUUUCACAACUGCAAGGAUAGCUUCUUUACUUGUUUUAAUUCCUUUUUUGUUAUAUUCAUUUAAUUAAGUAAAUGUAGUUAUUCAAAAAUUAUGGUUUCACUUAU